GCCAGAGGGCAGGGGAACUAGUCGAAGAAGAUUUGGACUUUGACAAAAAAAAAAAAUGUAUUCAAGGGUCAAGACAAUGCACAAGAACACACACGGACAGCAUACCUGAUCUCCAGGCCCGAUGACGAAGACUCCACCCAAGACGAGUCCUUCACCUUUUAGGUUUCCUCUGAAGCCCCUCCGAUACGCCCGCCAGAGGUUCCUCCAAACUCCAACACGCAGAAACAUCGAGAGACACAUCCACCGCACUUGAGGACCGUAGAAAUUUCUCUAUGAGGAAAACAUAAAAGCAGCUUAUUGGUUUGAAUCAUGUAACCCCACAUUUUUCGCUGUAUAUGAAUGGAACCAUGUGUAGGAGACCUGCUGAUCCACGUAGAUCCUCCCAGUGAAGUACUUCUUGAAACAGUCCAGCUCCUUGCCGAGGUUUUCUUUGACCACGGCAAAGAGAGGGACUUCAAGGUCCUGCAGCUGGGAUUUCAGAGAGGACAGCUCAGCAGCCUCCUAAAGAGAGACCAGAGGACAAUCCUCAAGUAGCUGAAAGAAGCCCUGAGAUCACAGAGCAAGACUGCUCCCUGCAGGAGGAUGCCCCAACCUGGCUGAGUCCCAGUACAUAGAGCUGUCCCACCGGUGUGAUGGGGGGAUGGGUACCCCCUAUUUAAGAUGUUCCUGCUCCCACCCAAGAAGUGUCACACCCUAAAUGAGAUCUGUCAAAGCAGAGGUGAUGACUAUAAACACACACUCAAGCAUCACACUGUACAUAAAGAGUUAACAUGCAGUUGCCACAAGCAGAAAUGCCCUCCCAUCAUCCACUCCCCCCUGAAAUGGACUGUCCCAUGGAUUCACAUGACGUGUGUGUGUGUGUAUGUGAGUGACAGAGUGUGUGUGUGUGUGUUUGUGCGCGUGUUUGUGCUCUCUUAGCCAUAUAUAUAGGGCCAUGUGGACAUAGACGUGGAGUUUAGUAGGAUAGACUUUGCAUUGGCUGCAGGGCAGUUUGCCUCCCGUUCUCCCCUUUUUCUCUUAAAGAGAACCAGCAGGAAUAUAAAGCAGCCUUCAGAUCUCUCUGGACUGCUUGUUGGUGGGAACUGAAGAACCUUUUCUCUCUGAGAGUCUCGCUGAGUACCUGACCCUGUAGAAAAAUGAGUGACCAGCUGGAUGACGGCUCUUUCAUGUUCACAUCGGAGUCCGUGGGAGAGGGACAUCCAGACAAGAUUUGUGACCAGAUCAGUGAUGCUGUUCUGGAUGCUCACCUGAGCCAGGACCCAGAUGCUAAAGUGGCCUGUGAGACGGUAUGUAAGACGGGCAUGGUGUUGCUCUGUGGUGAGAUCACAUCUCGGGCCAAUGUGGAUUACCAGAAGGUGGUGAGGGACGCCAUCAAACACAUCGGCUACGACAACUCUGACAAAGGUUUCGACUAUAAGACGUGUAACGUGCUGGUGGCUUUGGAGCAGCAGAGUCCGGACAUUGCUCAGGGGGUCCAUGUUGACAGACGGGAGGAGGACAUUGGAGCAGGAGACCAGGGUCUGAUGUUCGGCUACGCCACAGAUGAGACUGAGGAGUGCAUGCCUCUCACCAUCGUCUUAGCCCACAAACUCAACGCAAAGAUGGCUGAGCUCAGACGCAACGGCAUUAUCCCCUGGCUGCGUCCUGACUCUAAAACACAGGUGACUGUGCAUUAUGAUCAGAGAGACGGAGCUGUGAUCCCCAAGAGAGUUCACACCAUCGUGAUCUCUGUCCAGCAUGACGACUGCAUCUCUCUGGAAGAACAGAAGAAGGUCCUUAAAGAGAUGGUGAUCAACGCAGUGGUUCCUGCUAAGUAUUUGGACGACAAGACCAUCUACCAUCUGCAGCCUUCUGGUCGCUUUGUCAUUGGAGGACCUCAGGGUGAUGCUGGUGUUACAGGCAGGAAGAUCAUUGUCGACACAUAUGGAGGCUGGGGCGCUCACGGAGGAGGAGCUUUCUCUGGCAAAGACUUCUCAAAGGUCGACCGCUCUGCUGCCUACGCUGCUCGCUGGGUGGCCAAGUCUCUGGUCAAAGCCAAACUGUGCAGGAGAGUCCUGGUUCAGGUGUCUUACGCCAUUGGAGUGGCCCGGCCUCUGUCCAUCUCUUUGUUCACCUACGGUUCCUCCUUGAAACCAGAGACAGAGCUGCUCCGUAUUGUCAACAAGAACUUUGAUCUGCGUCCAGGAGUCAUUGUCAGGGAACUGAAUCUGAAGAGGCCGAUCUACCAGAAAACAGCCUCUUACGGCCACUUCGGCCGGCCAGAGUUUUCUUGGGAGGUUCCCAAAAAGCUUGUCCUGUAAAUACUCCACCUGCCUGUCCUGAUCGGAUCGACCCGCCUCUGUAUGAGCUACAACUGCCAGUUCCAUCAACUGAUAGGACAUUGUUUUUCAUAGGAAGAAAAAAAAAAGCCAAAGUUUUAGGGAUAAGUCAGCUUUAAAGAGGUGAGAGGAUACAUUACAUGCAAGAGUGGUUGUAGCCGCCGGACAUAUGAUGGGAUAUUCUCCCAAUGAGAAGAGAAACAUUGCAGAGGACAUCUCAGUAACCAAACCUUUUCCCACCCUGUCCUUUUCUAGCCCGCAUUACAUCUAAAUAUUGGUGCUUUAGAAAUAUACGUACAAUCACUAGUGAGAGAUCUUCCUUGGUAACAUAAAGGAACGCCACA